AUGGAGAAGGUGAUGAGGUUGGCGUCGCAGCGAGCGGUGACGGUCUUCAGCUUCAGCUCAUGCUGCAUGUGCUACAGCGUGAAGAGUCUGUUCAGUGAGCUCGGGGUCGACGCGGCCAUCCACGAGCUGGACGAGGACCCGAGCGGGGCGGAGAUGGAGAGGGCGCUCGUUGGGCUGCUGGGGCGGAAGCCGCCGGUGCCCGCCAUAUUUAUCGGCGGAAGGCUGGUUGGCUCCACGGACAGGAUCAUGCAACUCCACCUCGGUGGCAAUUUGGUGCCGCUGCUUCGGGAUGCAGGCGCUCUGUGGCUCUGA